AUGGUGCGCGUCGUAGGAAGGAAAGGGGCCUGGAUAGCGUCAUUGGGGAGCUGUUGGGAACGUACCUUUCUGGUGACCGUGCUCAACAACGCAAAUAAGACGAGCUGCUUGGUUAACGAUGGCGGAAGAGCUGCGAGUUGUAUUGUCGAUGGAAACGAGAAAGAUAUGAGGAACCGGUCCGUCACUGCUUAUUUCUCAGUUCUCUCCACAGAUCACUUCCCCAUUCAACAACCAUCAGAUUUAUCGACGACACUGCUGCAUGCUGCACAACAGAUUUCUGUCAUUGCCCAUUCAUUCAUGUCAGCUUUCGGACUUGCCGAGUCCUCCACCGACUCUGGGCAAAUUCAAUUUUUUACUGUACUGCGCUUUCAUGUUCAAGCUGACGUCAACAAUCAUCCUUUGCAGGUCCAUUGA